UUGUUUCGAGCCCUCGGUGACCAGCUCGAGGGGCACUCACGGAACCACCUCAGACAUCGCCAGGAAACGGUGGAUUAUAUGAUCAAGCAGCGAGGGGAUUUUGAGCCUUUUGUGGAGGAUGAUGUGCCCUUUGAGAAACAUGUUACCAAUUUGGCAAAGCCUGGUACCUUUGCUGGCAACGAUGCUAUUGUGGCCUUUGCAAGGAACCAUCAGGUGAACGUGGUUAUUCAUCAGCUUAAUGCUCCUCUGUGGCAGGGGAGAAACAAAACUUCUAUUCGGGGCGCGGACAAAAACAACGUGAGGGAACUUCAUAUCGCGUAUCGUUACGGAGAGCACUACGACAGUGUGAGGAGAAUCAAUGAUGAUUCUGAAGCUCCAGCGUAUCUUCAGAUGGAGAUGCUUUGUAAAAAUGAUUCAACUAAGGAGGAGGAAGUGAAGCCACAGAGGGGUGACUCUGAAGAUGAGAUUGAAGUUGAAAUGGAAGGUUCUGUACAAAAAGUGUGUAAUGCAACUGGAUGUUCGGACAUUGAUUUAGUAAGCCGGAUUCGGGAAGUGAAGGACUACAGUAUAGAAUCUGCAAUAUUUGCCAUCUUUCAAGUGGAUGAAAUGGAAAGAAUCAGUAAGUACAUGGAAAUUGUCACCUGGUGCUUCAGAAGAACGCUGUGGGAAGACAACAGAACUGGUUCAAGAAUCUUUGGAAAUCGGAGUUUGCACGAAGGUGAAACAGAAAAUAAAGAAGGACAGGCUAGAUCCGAUGAAGAGAAUCGAGCCAGCAGAAACCCAAAGGUAUCUAAAAAACAAAAGAAGGAGCAGCAGCGGCUAGAGAAGAAGAAGCGGCAGGAGGAAAGGCACCGACAAAAGGUCUUGGCCAACAAGAGUAACUGUACAAAUAACAGCAGGAGAGAGACAGACUCAACCAACCAAGUCACCUUGGUGAAGGCCAUGGCAGCUCUAAACAUAUGA